CGGGACGCCGCGGGCACAACCGCCGGUCUCCCCGGGCGGUCCCGGUCUCCGCGGGCACAACGGCCGGCAGCGGCCGCGCUGACGCCGCGCCAUGACCGUGCAACGCCCGUCGUGGCCGCCGCUGUACUUCCCGCACUUCCACGGCACCGAGCCCGUGCCGCGGCAGGCCGGCGGCGCCUGGGCCCCGCUGGCCGCGCUGUGCUGGCCGUGGCAGCCGCUGCCGGCCGCGGCCGGGCCGCCCCGCUACGCCGCGCUGCCCGCGCCCGUGGUGCCGGAGCCGCCGCGCCUCUGCUGCCCGCCGGGAGCGCCGCGGGCCGGGGACGCGGCGCGGCGACCCCCGGAGCUGGCGCAGCUGCAGCUGCAGGAGGAGAUGUGCGAGCUGGGUAUCCGCCUUAAGGAGCUGGAGCUGGCGGCGCUCAUCGGCGACGGCUUCGACGCCAGGCAGUAUAAAAUCCUGAAGACACUGGAAGAAAAGAAGAUACAAAGCAUGAAAGCAAUGCAGAACCUGAAGUAAUGUCCACCAGCACACUGAGGAUUAUUUCAGCUGGAUAUUUUGCCAUUAUCACUUUUAAUGGGUCUUCAAUAUUGGGUUUCUACUCGCUAUAUGCUGUUCUCUUGCCAAAUUAAAAAUAUAUCGUUGA